AUGUCUCAAUCCCGUCCCAAGCCCAAAAAGCAACCAACAACCUGGAAAGAACCAGUCAAACCCAAGCCCCAAGUCGGCUGGAUCUGGCCCAAAGACCCACGACCAGGUAAUCCAACCCGGUGGUCCCGCUUCAAGCGCUUCUCAGAUGUCCUCACCGGCAAAGGGCCGGAUAUCUACGUGGGCACCAUCGGAAAACGACCACCUCCAAUGAAAGACAACGAUAACCCCGGCAGAGCGGUAUCAAGCACCAAUUGGGCAAGAUGGGAUAUCGAGCCGGAAGAGGAUGACACUCCGUUCCCCUGGGCCCAUCGCCCAAAGAACGUGAAGUAUGACUACAACACGCGCAAGUACAAGUUUCCCGAUGAGAAGACGUGGAGUGCGGUCGAGUAUGCGGAUUACGAGUGGGAGUGUGGGAAGAAUCGGAGGAAGAAGAAGGUUACUCCGAGCACGCCGAUUCGGUUUUGGGAUCGGCAUGGGAGAGUACAUUGGUGUCAUGGGCAGGGGCAGGAUGAGUGGCGUGGUAGUGGUCGCCGGAGUGGGUGUGGUGGGCCGAGUGGGUGUGGAGGGGGUCAUGGUGGAGGGUGCCAUGGACAUUGUCAUUGUGGACUUCAUGAGCAUGACUCCGCGUUGGGGAGCUAUGAACAUUUGCAUGGGCAUCCAUAUCCUGUUCGCAGUCAUUGUCCUGAUUGUUGA